CAGCCCUAACCAGCUUUUAAUGAAGUUUCCCAGGGCAGCUUUAUUGCAUAUUAACUGCCCAAUUUUCCCUGUUCCACAGCGACUGAGACGGCUUGUCAUUAACCCCUGCCUCUCCAGGCCCCGCACCGCGCCGUUCACAGCUAGCCGCUGAGGCCGGAAAGAAAGGGACGGGAGAAAGGAGGCGAAGAAGCAGGUGCCGUAUGGAAAAGGCAGCCAGGUCCCUCCCCUGUACACACACACACACUGGUCCGUAUCUGGGGCAUGUUCUGGUGAUUCAAUCAGCCCCGCUUCUCGGGCAGCAUAUAUGGGGUGAAAAUGUCCCCCCCAGCCCCUCAUUGGUCCUCCCCAACUGGUGUGGCUCUGUGCUCCCUGCCCACAGCAUAGAUUGGAGAUGUGGCCGCGAUGCCCUGUGUUAUGGCUAGUCUCUGCCCGCCCAGCCCCGGGCCCAUAGGAGGGUGAACCUGGGGGCGUGGCUGGGGUGCCCUGCUCUGUGGCUAUUCUCUGCCCCCCCCAGGGCCCAUCGGGAAGUGGAGGGGGGGCGUGGGUGGGGUGCCCUGUGCUGUGGCUAUUCUCUGCCCCCCCAGGGCCCAUCGGGAGGUGGACGGGACAGGGCGGGGCUGGGGAACCCUGUGCUGUGGCUAUUCUCUGCCCCCCAGGGCCCAUAGGGGGUUACGGAGAGCAGAGCAUUAACUAGAGCAACCCUGAUGCUCAUCUGUGUGUCAUAGGCCCUGCACUGCCACAGGAGGCUGCCUUUUAGCUCCGGUGGCUGGCAAUUUUGAAGCAGAAGAGUCUGAAUCCCAGCCGUGCUGCUGGGCUCUGAUCAGCUGGUGGCCUCCCCAGCAGCAUGGCCUGUGGAGAGAGCAAGCGACUGGGACUCAGGAGACCUGGUUUCUCCUCCUGGCCCUGCCGGGUGACCUUGGCCAAAUCACUUCCCUGCUCUGUCAAGUAUCAGGGGGUAGCCGUGUUAGUCUGUCUCCGCAAAAACAACAAGGAGUCCGGUGGCACCUUAAAGACGAACAGAUUUAUUUGUGCAUAAGCUUUCAUGGGCUAGAACCCACUUCAUCAGAUGCGUGGAGUGAAAAUUACGGAUGUAGGCAUUGUUAUACUGACACAUGAAGGGAAGGGAGUUACCUCACAAGUGAAGGACCAGUGUUGACAGGGCCAAUGCGAUCAGGGUGGAUGUAGUCCACUUUUCCCCACAGCAGAGGAGUUUCUCAGGGCGAUUGGCCCGUGAAUAGGCUGGCAGGGUUCCACCCCUGAGUCAGCUGCAUCUUAGCACUGGGUGCAAGAACUUUGUGCAGACAGUUGCCACAUCCUACCCCAGAAGUGGCCGCAUCUCAGCACCAGGCAAUGUAUCCCUGUAAAUACUACCGGGUCCCUAGAAAUUGUGGUUUUUCGGUGAGAGGCAAGGAAUCCUUGCCUUGACAUCCCGCACCACACAGUCAAUGGCAUUUCAGCACCAGGCGAGGGGGGUCCCUAUAUACCAAGCCCCUACGCCCACCUGAGAGGCAGCUGCAUCUCAGCGCCGGGUGAGGGAUCCCUGUAUAAACAGCCCACCCCAGAGGUGGUUGCAUCUCAGCAUCAGUUGGCUAAUACCUGUAUAAACAGCUGCCAUGCCCUGGCUGCAUCACAGCACCGGACAACAGAUCCCUGGAUAUGCAGUGACCACAUGCCCUUGGUGCCGUGACUGAGUGGUUAAAGCACUUCGCUACAGUCCCGAAAGGUGGGUGGGGGUUGAAGCCCCCGCCCCUCCCCGACCCAGUUCACCCAGGUGCACAAUGGAGACCUGAUCCAUCGGGUUAGGGCAGCCAAAGGAGGUGGGACAUGAGCCCGGCCACCUCACUCCCUCAGCUACAGUUGGCUUGGCCACUGAUGUGCCUUAACCCAAUGACCUGAUGAGCUGUUGGCUCUGGGGAACUUGGGCUCUGAUGUCUCACCCCAGAAGCAGCUGCAUCUCAGUGCCGGGGGGAGGAUGAACUGAUGAGGGCACACACUGGGGAGGGGGAGGGUUUAAUUCACACACACACACACCCCGAUGCAGUGAGAUGGACAAAGCCAGCCAGGCUGCACAGCUGGGCCGCACUCCAGCAAGAGAAGACCCGGGCGCCGCAUCCCCCCCGACUGCGUGUGACCGCAUGGUGAACCAAGAGGAUUUCACACCACGCUCCUCCCCAUGGCAUCUGAGCACCAUCCAGCUGGGCAGCAAGCAACAUGCCAGCGCAUUUGGUCACGUGGCGUUUGUUCCUGCACCCUCGCCCCAGAGGGAGAAGCGUCGGGCAGUGGAGCAGCGUGUUUUGGUGGGGUCUCCGGCUCGUUGUCUGUGUGGAAAGAGACAGGAGCGGAGCCACAACCCCGCUGCGGGAAGGCAGCCGAAGGCAGACGAAGGCACAGGUAACUGGAGCCAGCCCAUCCUCCGCCAGGAUGGGAUGUGUGAGCCAGCCGGCGACGGCGGAAGACGUCACCUGUGGCCAUUGCGAUGCGAGAGAUCUGCAUCACCGAGGAAUCCGAAAGUGCUCCUGGACUAUGGGCUGAAUUGCCCAGUUGUGGACAGGAACCUUUGCCCCAUGGCUGCAAACUCCCCCGAAUACUUUCCUCUGUCCACCACCAUCACCUCUGUUUGGCUCAGCUUCAGCUUCAGCCCGCGGUUCCUCAUCCAGAUGCUGAGCAGCUCCAAGUGCUGGGCCUCCUUAGUGGUGCCGGCAUGGUCGCAAGUGGGGAAGGAUAGAUCAAGGCGUGCCGUCUGCCCACUAGUGGUGCCAUACAGUACCCAGACAUUGCCCUUCACCAACCUGAACGCUGCACUGUUGUGGGCCCAAGGUAGCUGGGCAUGACUUUUAAUGCCAUUUUCAAAUGUUUCCAGAGUUAAGGCUGGAGAAGGCCAAAUUUAAGAUUGGUUGGGGUACAGUUAAGGUUGUCAGAGUAAAUUUAAGGUAGUUAAGGUUGUUAGGGCACAGUUAAGGUUGUUUGGGUGCCUUAACUUGCACUGCCAUUUCAUUCUAAAAUGCUUCCUCUGGCUGCCUGAGCUGUCUGUGAGUUUUAACUCCAUGGAAAGUUACACUUGUCUGAGUCAUUCCGUUAUUAAGAUA